CGUCUCAUAUUCACCACCCUACUGUAUUAUUAAGCUUUCAUCAUCAUAUCUUCGGGUUGCUCCAUUCGAAACACUCUCGUCAUCUCUACUAUAUUCUUCAGGUUCAUCAAAAACUCUUCUGCCUCCAUAUUUCAUUUACGUAGUACUAUUAAGCGUUUAUAUAUAGCAUUAUGUACUAUUAAGGCUUUAAGAUCUUCAGCUCUUCGCAUAUCCGAUCCGUCAGUCUUAAUUCUAUUUUAUUAUUGCUAUAUAACCUUUCAGAUCUUACGUUGUCUCUGUCAUCUCUCAUUGCCUUCUUCAGUUACUGCAUUGAAAUUUCACAGCCUUGUAUGUGUUGUGUAAGCGUUCAGUUAACUUGUUGAGCUCGUUGCCCAAACAAGAAUCUAUCAUCUCUCUUAUUGUAUACUAGUUAGUUUCUACCUAUCAAAAAGAAAAUUAAAUAUAAUGGCAUUUGUGACCAAUUUGGAGACAAUACAAACACUUCUGGCUGCCCCAAAGAAUCUCAGCAAACCAAACAAAAAAUGGCAUUUUGCGUUUGUUAGCAUAUAUUGUUCCAGAGCUCUCUUGUCUCACUUCAAAUCCAAUUUGCUUCUCCCCAUCACCACCGACACCAAAAAGAAGAACAAGCCUGAGUUGUCACCUUCUUCCUCCUACACCGUCAUUGAUUUAAACCCAAAUCAUUCCUUUAGCGUUACUCAAACCACCCUCAGUCAUCUCGUGAAGGAGAAGAAUAUAGAAACUCUGCAAAAUCUUGGUGGGGUCCAUGGUGUCGUCUCUGCUCUAAAAACCGACGUAAAUUAUGGAGUCAAAGGCGGUGAUGAUGAUGACGAUUCCAAUGACGUCAUUCAGCGGCGUGACGCGUUUGGUUCUAACAACUACGCAAAACCACCUACGAGAGGUUUCCUUCACUUUGUGAUUGAAGGCUUCAAGGAUCCAACCAUUCUGAUUCUCUUGGUUUGUGCUGCUCUGUCUCUUGGCUUUGGCAUCAAAGAGAAAGGAAUCAAGGAAGGCUGUGGUCGCCGGCAACAAAUUUCUAUAUACGACAUCGUGGUCGGUGAUGUUGUGUGGUUGAAGAUUGGAGACCAAGUUCCCGCUGAUGGCUUAUUCUUGGAAGGCCAUUCUCUGCAAGUUGAUGAGUCAAGCAUGACAGGGGAGAGCGACCAUGUAGAAAUUAACGGAGAUAAAAUCCCGUUUUUGUUCUCUGGCACAAAAGUGGCUGAUGGGUUCGCCAAAAUGCUCGUUACUGCUGUUGGGAUGAACACGACAUGGGGUCAAAUGAUGUCUACGAUAAGCAGAGACAACAAUGAAGAAACCCCUUUGCAAGAACGCCUUAAUAAGCUUACUACAGCAAUAGGCAAGAUUGGUUUGGCUGUGGCUUUUCUUGUUCUUGUUGUUGUGUUAGUUCGAUACUUCACAGGGAACACAACAGAUGAGAAUGGGAAUAAAGAGUUCAAUGGGAGCAACACCAAGUUUAAUGACAUCAUGAAUGGAGUUGUCAGAAUUGUUGCUGCUGCAGUCACUAUUGUUGUUGUUGCAAUUCCAGAAGGGCUCCCUUUGGCUGUGACUUUGACACUAGCUUAUUCCAUGAAGAAGAUGAUGGUUGACAUGGCUAUGGUGAGGAAGCUCUCUGCUUGUGAGACUAUGGGAUCUGCUACAACCAUAUGCACCGAUAAGACUGGGACUCUCACACUUAAUCAGAUGAAAGUGACUAAGUUCUGGCUUGGAAAAGAACUCAUCGAAGGGAAGGCUCAUACAUCAUCAUUAGUAAAUUCAAAUGUUCUUCAGUUGAUCCAAGAAGGGGUUGCCCUUAACACAACAGGUAGUGUUUAUAAGUCUAAAUCAAUAGAUCCUGAAUAUGAAUUUACAGGUAGUCCAACAGAAAAGGCCAUUCUUUCAUGGGCUGUUCUUGAAUUGAACAUGAACAUGAAGGAGUUGACACAAAACUGCACCAUCCUUCAUGUGGAAGCCUUCAAUUCAAAGAAGAAGAGAAGUGGGGUUUUGAUUAGAAGGAAAGCAGACAACCAAGUCCAUGCACAUUGGAAAGGAGCAGCUGAAAUGGUACUAAGAUUAUGCUCAAAGUACUACGAUGCUUCCGGCAAUAUAAAAGAACUUGACAACAGCAGUCGGUUGGUGUUUGAGCAAAUCAUUCAAGGAAUGGCGGCUAGUAGCCUCAGAUGUAUUGCUUUUGCACACACAAAAGUAGCUGAAGAAAAUGAUGGAGGAGUCCAAAAGGUAAAAGAAGAUGGCCUCACCCUCUUAGGAGUUGUUGGUAUUAAGGAUCCAUGUCGUCCAGGUGUCAAGAAAGCUGUAAAUGAUUGCCAACAAGCAGGAGUAAAUGUGAAGAUGAUCACAGGAGACAAUGUUUUCACAGCCAAAGCCAUAGCCACAGAAUGUGGUAUUCUCCAUCCAAAUCAAGACACAUUAAAAGCUAUAAUUGAAGGUGAGGUAUUUCGAAACUUAUCUCCCGAAGAGAGACUAGAUAGGGUGGAGAAAAUUUGUGUGAUGGCACGAUCCUCCCCAUUUGACAAGCUCCUUAUGGUUCAAUGCCUCAAACAGAGAGGCCAUGUAGUUGCAGUCACAGGAGAUGGCACAAAUGAUGCACCCGCAUUAAAGGAAGCUGAUAUAGGACUUUCGAUGGGGAUUCAAGGCACUGAAGUUGCAAAGGAAAGCUCAGAUAUAGUUAUCUUGGAUGAUAAUUUUGCCUCAGUUGUGACAGUUCUAAAGUGGGGAAGAUGUGUCUAUAACAAUAUCCAAAAGUUCAUUCAGUUUCAACUGACGGUAAAUGUUGCGGCACUUGCAAUCAACUUUGUCGCUGCAGUAUCAGCAGGAGAAGUGCCAUUAACAGCAGUUCAACUCUUGUGGGUGAACUUGAUAAUGGACACCUUGGGUGCUCUAGCUCUGGCAACGGAGAAGCCUACAACGGAGUUACUUAACAAACCCCCAGUGGGUAGAACUGAGCCUCUUAUCACCAACAUCAUGUGGAGAAAUCUAUUAGCCCAAGCUUUAUACCAGAUCACAAUUCUCUUGACAUUACAAUUCAAAGGUGAGGCUAUAUUUAGGGUGAGUUCAGAGGUAAAUGACACUUUGAUUUUCAACACAUUUGUGUUAUGCCAAGUGUUUAAUGAGUUUAAUGCAAGGAAGCUAGAGAAGAAGAAUGUGUUCAAGGGGAUUCACAAGAACAAGUUGUUUCUAGGAAUCAUAGGGAUAACCAUCGUGCUUCAAGUAUUGAUGGUUGAGUUUCUAAAGAAAUUUGCAGAUACUGAGAGGUUAAACUGGGGACAAUGGGGUGCUUGCAUUUUAAUGGCAGCUAUUUCUUGGCCUAUUGGUUGGGUUGUGAAGUUCAUUCCUGUGCCAAGAAAACCACUGUUCACCUUCUUGAACAUGAAGAAGAAGCAAUGAACACAAUUGCUUGCAUGUAUGGGACUUUCAUGGGAUCUGAUAUUUGUUGUUGAUGGUUUGAUCAAUAUUUUGUAUUUUUUUUUUUUUUAUUAUUAUAUAUUUGAUUGAUUGAAAGUUAAUAAACGGUUUGAUUCAGAGGAGCAAAUCGAUUUGCUAUAUCU